UGAACAAUUUCAAAAUUUACCACAAGAAUUGUAGUGCAAAAACUUCUCUACGUUGACAGGAAUCAAAGGGAGCCCAGGAGGCAUGCAAGAAGUUCAAACAUAACUAGCUUCCCAAUUAAGAACUAACAGUGAUCAAAACAGAGACGGUGUUAUUGAGUUCAGCAUAAAUAAGGAUCACGAACUUCCCCUGCUCAGCUUUUCCAGUGUAAUGGCAGCCACUGAUGAUUUUUCUGUUUGGAAUAAGAUUGGAGAGGGUGGCUUUGGACCUGUUUAUAAGGUUUUGUUACCAAGCAACAUAUUUUUCUUUUUCCAUGUACUUCCAAUAUUGACAGAAAAUUGAAUGAAACCAACUGUAGAAUACAUUAGAUCCUUAGUUGCAAUAAUAUACCAGUAACUUUAGAUUUUCUUUUUUAUUUGAUUUUUUCUUUUCUAUUGUUGUUAUUAUUGUUAUUAUUAUUUCUUUUUCAGGGAAAGCUGCAAGGGCAUAAUAUUGCACUUAAAAGGCUUUCAAAACAUUCUAGACAAGGACUGACAGAGUUCAAGAAUGAAUUGCAGUUACUCUAUAGGGUACAGCACAUAAAUCUUGCGAAGCUUUUGGGCUGUUGCAUUGAGCAAGAAGAAAAGAUAUUAAUCAAUGAGUACAUGGCUAACAAAAGCUUGGAUUCUUUCAUCUUCGGUUUAUAUAUACGUUGUUUCUCUUUUUCAUUUUGAUCUUUUUUUUUUUUAUAUAUAUAUAUAUAUAUUUUAAAAAAAGUGUAUUGAUUUAUCUCAUGUGGUUGAAUAUGAAACUGAGGCAGAUCCAGUAAAGCGACCACUACUCGAUUGGAGGAAACGCAAACACAUCAUUGAAGGGAUUGCUCAAGGGCUUCUUUAUCUUCACAAACUACUCAAGAGUAAGAAUUGUUCAUCGUGAUCUCAAAACAAGCAACAUCUUAUUGGAUAACCAUACGAACCCCAAGAUAUUAGAUUUUGGCCUAGCAAGAAUUCUUUUUGAGAAUGAAUGUCAAACAAAGACAAUGAGGGUUGUUGGAACUUGGUAAGUAUAUUCAUGCUCGUUUCCAGAUCCUGAAUUUGCAGACAAUUAAAAUAGAGUUUUAUUAUUUUCUUCUUCUUUUGGCAUCGGGACAAGUGGCUACAUGUCUCCAGAGUAUGCAAUACAUGGCCUUUACCCAAUAAAAUCUGACGUAUUUAGCUUUGGAGUUAUUUUGUUGGAGAUUGUGAGUGGCAGGAAGAAUGCGACCUUUGAUGUGCCUAAUCGGUCAUUGAACUUACUUGGAUAUGCUUGGGACACAUGGAAUGGUCGACGAUGCAUGGAGUUAAUGGAUCCAUCAAUGGAUGCUUCAUGUUCAGUGGAUUAUAUACUGCUGUGCAUUCAGGUGGGUCUGUUGUGUGUUCAAGAAAGUGCAGACAGGCCAACCAUGUCAGAUGUGGUUUCAAUGUUCAGCAACGAAAGGAUGAGUUUACCUAAGCCUAAACAGCCUGCAUGUUAUACUGUUCUAAAUGAUGGUUUAAUCUCACAAGAUCUUGUAACAAUUUCAGUAGUAGAAGCUCGAUAACAGCU